AUGGACACGGCCUACGACGACCACUUCCCCUUCGCCACACACCCCGAUCCGUCUCCUACGCCCGGGAACGGUUCCUACGUCGACUCCGCUUUUUACCACCCACAGACCGGCGGCUACUACGAUCCUGCUGCCGUUCAAGCCACCGGAUGUCCACAGAGUCAGGUCCUCUACGAUCAAACACCGUACCUUUACUCCGACCUCGAGAGCGCCACACUCGUCCCUUGUCCAGAGACGAGCGACGGUCCCUGGGCCGACUACAGCCUCGUUCCCCACCCUGAGCCCCCACGGCCGUACCCACCCACCGAGCACUACGCUCCCUCUGGCCGAUCGUACACGUACCCUAUCACCGUUUCCUACACCCUCGCCCACGGUCUUGGCCAACCGCCGGCUAAGGCUCAAGCGACCGAAUAUGGUUUGAUAGUCAAGCACGAGUAUCAGGAACACUCCAUCAAGGCUGAAGAAAUGUGUACCUCCCCGGUAGGGAUGGACACGGACUCAUCGGAGAUGUGGCGCUGGCAUCAUCCUGGACAGCAGAUGGAUCAUUAUGCGUCUACCCCGAGAUUCACCUACUCUACGUCAGCCCCGGCAUCAGCAUCAGCGCCAGCGCCUGCUUACGGCACCUUCUCUCAGAGUGUCGACAGCGGUGCCUCGGAGCCCAAGAUGGCGCUCAUGGAUUCCCUACGUCCUCCGCCCGGCGUCGCCAUAUCGCACACUCAAUUCCAGUCGUACUCUCCCGCCCGCGAGGCUGCCCGAUCUCUCCCUCCCCUCGAGCAGCAAGGCUCUUUUUUUGGCGAACACCGCUCCCCAACCACGAGCGGUAAUAUUACGAGCCCUGCCCCGACACCAAGCGACGUGGGGAUGACACCGACGUGGGUCGCCCCCGAUCAGCCUCUGGUUGUCCCCAGCCAGGCGCAUCUGGCCCCGCGUCCGACGAUUCUUACGACAGCACUGGCGCCCUCUCCGUCUCCCAUCUCCGAGUCGCCCGAUACCCCAAGCUUGAUCGGUUCCCCAAUUUCGCCCAUGUCUCCAACGACGUCCGCAGGAGCAUCGUCAUCAUCCUCCCUUCCCCACUCGCACUCACACUCGCAUUCGCAUUCUCGCGUCCACCGCCGGCGGGCGUCGACUCCCAACACCCACGCCCAUGUCAAGCACCGCUCGCGGUCACGCUCGAACUCCCCCAAGGUGCGGCUGAGCCCGAACCCCUCCGCGCGCAAGCUCGCGGAAAAGAAGCCCGCACUCGCCUGCCUCUUCUGUCGAGGCCGCAAGAUCGCAUGCGGCCCGCCGCUGCCCGGUAGCAACGACAAGACGUGCAACCAAUGCGCACGACGUCACCUCAAGUGCGAGUACCCUGUCGAGUCCCGCCGCGGGAUGCGCAAGCGCAAGACGACGUUCUCGCCUCCCGCGCUCUCGUCUACGACUGCUACGACGGCGGCGUCCAGUACUGCCUCGGACCCGCAAAGGACUCAGCCGCAGCCACAGGUACUCGCUCCGACCCAGUCCGUCCUCGAUCUCGGGACGAGACCUGGCCACGGCGCCGAUAUGGACAUGGACCUUGGAUCCCCCUGAUGCUGGGAAGAGUCAGCCGUAACUGGGCGCUUCGAUGAUCGCUCAAUGCGCCGAACGCGUCCCUCGAACAUACUAGGAGCCUAUUCCGGUUCCCACGGGCGUGCAUCUGGCGCUUCACUUAUCCGCCGGCGCACGCUCUAAACGCAGGCACCGUGAGCGACGAACGACGGGCUCUUGAAGGUCGCUGCCGUCUCACUCCAUCCCGAUCAUCGCAUCUCUAUUCCGCUAUAUCGCUUUCGGUUCUCUCUCGCGUUCUUCGAUCUAUUCAGUUCGUCUUUAGUACCCUCUCUCACCUUCCAAACUAUCUCGGUCUCGGUCUCGCUCCUCGCUAUAUUGCUUUCGCAGUGCUGUGCGCUUUUCCCCCACUCAUAACUCACAUCUGUACACUCCACGUUCCCUUGUUCUUGCUCCUUAUCGGCCCUAUCCCAUCGCCUCACCUGACCGUCGCGCCCAGAUUCGUCGAUAUCGAUGUCGAUGUCGAGGGAGUGCUGACGCGACACGGCUCCGCGCUCGAGGGCUGAUCGCCGUCUUUCGUACAUAUACAUACCUUGGUUAUAUUUGUCUCCUUUGACUGUCGGGCUUGCUUGUUAUAGCUGUAGCGUUAGCACGGGUUGCCUUCCCCCUCUCGUCGUUUUCCUUUUUACGCGUGUUCCCAGUGCUUUUCGGGAUAUCAAAGCCGAGUUUUCUUUGUUUUUGGAACAUACUUAGCACCUCCGUAACAUACAGAUCAACAGUCAAUACCUACCUCAACAGGCACGAUACCUACUUAACACAACG